AUGAAUCAGUACGUCGAAGCUCCAGUUUUCAUUCCUUCCAACAGCAAGAUUCAAGAUUCAACUACAACAACAGGGUCGUCCGAGGACUUAGCUUCGAGCAAUUCCCCUAGCCUGCCGUGCCGCAGAGAGUCACGAAUGCUUUAUAACGCUGCGGCACCAUCGCCACUCCGGCCCGCCCUGAGGCUAGGAUGUCAGAGUCCGAGAGCCAGCAUCAACUCAGCCACCAACCCAAAUUCAGGGUGGUCGACACUGGCAUCACCGCAUUCCUUCGAGCAGCUUUAUACCGAAAAACCUUAUCUGACGGCUUCCUUGAGCAAACAGGGCGAGCGUGAGAUCGAGCUCAUGCGGAGGCUUUCAGUCUUUCAGGAGAAGGUUGACGGCAGCCUGCCGUCUGACGAGCGCCGCAGAGCGCGAAAGAACACGACUCUUCUCAAGAGCAAGAUCUUUGAGGCCACGGCACAGAAGAAGGCCAUCCUCAUGCGGCUCGGCGAUAUAUACGUGGAGCUUCAGAGCCGCGAGACGUGGAUGCAAAUACAAAACGAACUCUACGAGCGAAGAUGCUCGUGGUGGUCCAUAUACUCGCCCAGUACUACUACCACAUGCGCCACGACACCCUCUGACGUGACAUCAAUGAUCCCGACACCGUUGGACGCGGCCUCCUCUAUAUUCUUCCCCGCGGGUUGCCAUCCGGUCUACAACACGUGGGAUGUGGUGGCACCUCGUUUCGAGGAGGGGCAAGGGUACCAGGUAUACGAUACCGUGCCAGCUGAAUUGUGGACCGACUGUGGCGAGACAUCUGAGGUUCCCGUAGGCCACCUAGGAAAUCAUGGCUUACAGUUUGAGUACGAAGCUGUGGUGGAUGAAUCACGGCAGGACGCCAACAAAGUUCAAGACCCGUCAUCAGGCGGAGACAUUCCACUUCUGACACCGAACAGAAGGAAAAGUCUACCCUCGUUGAAAAGCUUAUGGCCAGGGUUGGGGGAGUUGCGUAGACCGAGCGGGAAGGCAGAUGAGCCAGCCUCGUAG